ACAACAACACUGUGGUGUAGCAAGGCUAGCACCUACCUAAUAUCUUCGAGGCAGAGCAUGGAAGGAGGAUAAAGGUGCAUUUAAAAGUUUUCCCGCUUGUGUCUCUACAGUCUUGAGCUUCUGAAAACCUCGUUGCUCCGUCAACUCACUACGGAGAAACACACCGCGAUGCUAUAACGCCUGUAGCCACCUGACAUGACUAGCUAGCUAUGGAGAAAACAUUCAGUCAGUGGAAGAAGCAGUGUCUGAACAAGCUGGACCUAAGCAAGAAGGGCAGCGUGGAUGAAGACAUUGAACAUGUAGUGUCUCUGCUCAACAGCUGUGAAGAGUACUUCACCACCAGCUCCUGCUCCGGCAGGAUCAUCCUCAUCGACGGGGCUCCAGAAAGAAGUGAUGUCCAGAAGCAGAAUUGUGUUUGGCUGUUUGUCUCACACCAGAAAUGCAAAUCGGAUGACCUGAUAUCUGGUCUGGAAAGGUCCAGUGGAGAUGCAGUGCUGAAGUUUGAGCCCUUUGUGCUCCAUGUUCAGUGUAGGCGGCUGGAUGAUGCACAGCUGAUGCAUUCAGUGGCCAUCAACUCAGGCUUCAGGAACUCUGGUCUCACUGUCAGCAAAACAGGAAAAAUCAUGGUGGCAGUCCGUAGCACCCAUGGCCUGGAGGUUCCUCUCACCCAUGAAGGAAGGCUCCUGGUUGAACAUGAAUACAUCCAUUUCCUAACACAGAUAGCCAAUCAGAAGAUGGAGGAGAAUCUUAGACGGAUCCACAGGUUCUACCAGAAUCUCCAGUCAGCCCUGCCUACAGAGAAACUCCAAAAACUACAAAUCCCAGAUCCUCCCAUCUCACAGGAACUACAAGAUCAUCCUCAGAGAUUGGGGGCAGAAAAGGGGGAAACAGAAGAAAAGGAGAAGAACAAAACCAGUGUGUAUAAACGGAGGAGGAAGAGAGAACAGCACCAUCAGACUGACUGUUGCCAUGGUGAUGGGUCCAGCAGUGUGCUAGAGCUGGAUGACUGUCUGGAUCUGUUCACAUGAAGGAGUGGCUCUGCUAACACGCUCCGUUUGUCAUUGACUGGAUGAUAGUGCUGAUUUUUCAUUUUAUUUGAGAGAGUUGGGGCCUGUAUCACAAGGAAGAUCACCAUGGUAACCGAGACUACACCACUAACCUGCUCUGGGGCAGGUUCAAGUCCAUAGAUCAGUUUAAAAUGAGUAAAUAGCUGGCAUACUGACCAGAAUAAUGGACCCAUUAGCCCAGAAGUGGUGCAUUUACAAUAAAAUGACAAGUAAUAAAGACUUGUACUUCAGGACGAUCACUUUGCUCUCCAUGAUUUCAAAAAUGAAACAGGCAUCCAUGUUUCUCUUUUUACGCAUUCAGAUUAUUGUGAAGUACAAGCUAUCACAGCAAUAAAUAAAGCUCAUAUAAUAGAGACAAAACUACAAUAUCAUCAUUCCACUUGGAAAGAACAAUUUCUUUUAUGUUCCCUCUGAGAACAAUUCAGCCUUUGCUGACAUGGCUGUAAUAUUUAUGCAGCGUCAGGUUAAAGCGGUUGGAAUUUUCUGAGUGUAUUUUCAUCGAGGUGAGCAUCGUUGAAGGCACUGAUUAUGUUUUCAGUUUUUCAAACUGUGUAAUCCUUGCUUUGGGAACAGUCGAAAACAGUAAAUCAUGGCUACUCAAGUUGUCAGCAGCAAAAGUGAAAACAAAGAAUUUUCAUCGGAUGACAAACAUUUAAAAUCAGUCGGUGUGUUGAUAGUAUUAAUCCAUGUAUUGCAUGUUGACAGGGCAGCAGGGCUGUCUGAGGUGUCUCUAUCCUGAACCUGUUGGAGAAAACACAGAACAGUACACUUUACCUGUUAUUUGCUUUACAGUCAC